ACCCGACCCGCCACGUCACUAAACCCAAUUAGAAUCGCCGAUUUCAGCCCUGCCGUGUCUCCCUCCGGAUUUCUCACCGCCGUAGCUUCCUACGGACAGAACGGGUGGAACGGCAAAAUGGAGGAACUCUCCACCGAUAUCUACGUCUUCCUGACUCGGGAUGGGACACAACGAGUCAAAAUCGUCGAACACGGCGGGUGGCCGAGUUGGGUCGACGAUUCGACCCUGUUCUUCCACAGAAAGAGCGAGGAAGAUGGAUUGAUCAGCGUUUACAAGGCGAUUCUACGAAUUCGGGACCGAUCUCGACCGAUUCGGUGA